AUGGCUGAGAGGAGAAAUGAUCCACAAGUUUAUCCAUUGUCUCAAAGUUACAAUCACAGCACAGAUUUUAAUGUGAAGCGUGAUGAAGAGUCCGCUUUCAGAAAGCAGGAUGAGAUUCGUCGCAAUUACAAUGCGAGUCUCAACGUCACGAGGAUGAAGGUGCUGUUUUCUCUAACCGUGAUGAAGGUAAAAACUCCCAAAUUUCGGGUAAGAUCAAUAACUUUCGAUCACUUUGAAGUUCGUACAGCUCCGAAUCCUUCGUUUAAUUUUAUUGCAAGUGUCGAGGUUGGUGUGAAAAACAAGAAUUUUGGAACGUAUAAGUUCCAAGAUAGCAAGAUGUAUUUCUCCUAUGAUGGCAUGCCAAUUGGGGAGGCCUUUGUUCCUGAUGGUAAAGCUGGAUGGCUGUCAACCAAGAAGCUAAAAAAUCUGGCCACGGUACUCUUAUCAAACAAUUUGCCUACCAAUUCACAACUCGGAAAUGAUCUCAACUCUGGAGUCUUGAAGUUGAAUGCUCAAUCCCAAUUGAGCGGAAAGGUGACUCUAACGUUCAUGUUCAAGAGGAAGAAAUCCACAAACCUAAAUUGCAACAUUACUAUCGGUUUGGCUGACAAAGCUGUUCGAGAAAUUGACUGCAAUUGA